GAAAUGAUUGAAAUAGAGAAUCUGAGCUCGCCAGCGACGAACUACCUCAAUAAAGUGAAUAGCUCACCUAACUAUCCACCACCACCACCAUCUAUCGAACCUGGACUAUUCAAACUAUACCAACCACCUCUGCCGUUACCGCUGCAUAGAGUGCUCAAUAAGGACUAUGAACUUGCUUGGCAGAACAGUCGUCUUAUUAUCAGCAAAAAUUCGCAAAUCCAGCGCAUUUUAAACUUCGAUGAUGAUCAUCUUAACAUUUCAUACGCGUCUUUUGGGAAUUUACACUUAAGCGAUGAUACAGAUAAGCCAAGAGAGUGUCUUAUUGUAUUCUUACAUUCUAGUCUCAAUUCAAACAGCAACGAAUACGAUCUCGAUUUGGCUAUUAGCUCAACAGCAAACCUCGCUAGGCUUUUCUUCAUGGAUCCAGGCUUAGACUAUUCACUCCCGCUUCCCUUUAAUGUAUCGAAAGCUUGGGAUUUGGGAUUGGGUUGGUUGGUCGAACGUAGUGAUGCACGCAGAGCAGGCGAGAAAGUAUCCUCAUGGGCUGUUCUAUCAGGUAUUUGGCAUCCGUGGAGGCCCAUUGGUGGCUGUAAAGGCUACGACGCCUAUAGAAGUCCUAUCAGGCCUUUCGAUUUCACACCGCGUCCAAAGUCAAAAAUCAUUCUCAUCACACCCACGCAGGCCAACAAUCAGUCAACAAAAGACAACUGGCCCUUCUUGAUAUCAUUUGACAGUCAAACGAAGACGCUAAGUUUAUAUCGUUACACUCGAUUGAAAAAACCAAUUAAGACGAGCCCUCCUUCACCAGACUAUGGCGCACCAUCUGCUCUCCCUAAUGCACCCAUCGUAUCUUCCAAUUUGAGGAAAAUUUCGACGCCUCGGCCUCAAUCGAGUAGACGCCGAAGCAGUCUGAAAUCGAAAGCAAAUGUGAACACAUUGGAGAAUACUUUUGAUAAUUCUGAUAUCAGUUUGACAAUGGAUAGGAUGAUUUUAGCAGGAGAAUCUGCAUCUAACCGUACAGCUCCUGGUUCUAAACCAGAUGAGAACCAAACACUAUCGAAUGAAUCAGAUGUCUUUAUUGACUUGUUAUGGGAGUGCAAAGCUGCUGACAUAGAUUCAAGUAUACCAUCUGCCCAUGCAUUUGCACAAUCCGACAGUCAGAUAUCAAUUGCAAUUCACUUUCCAGGACUCUCAUCUCAGUUGACCAUUGUGAACAUAUCCCGUGAUCCCACACUUCCAAUAACAAGUCAACUGAAAAUAGAGAAAAGAGAAACUGCUGUUACACAAGCCACUGCCGUCUCUAGUUUGAAAUGCACACAAGAGAAUACAGAUGAUCUACUCAUUUUGGACAAUUCAAAAAGGCUACAGAUACUCAUCAAUGAUGUGGAUGAAUUUAUACCUAUUACCUUGGAUUUGGACAACGGAGACCAGCCGAGAUCUUUCAAAGAUGCCAAUGGUAGUUGUCUUAGUGUCGAAACUACCGCCUCAAAGAUACAUAGAUAUGAUUUCAGCAAAUGGCCAAAUGAUAAUCUCACUAAAUCAUGCGUCGAUCUCAUUGCCUCAUUUUUAAAGGAGAAUGAGAAAUUGGAAUUUGCUUUGAGCAUAUUCAAGCACUUUACGUCCGUUAGCAAAGGCCUCGAUGCUUUAAUUGAAUCAUUAGCUUAUUUCCUGAAUGUUUCAGAUAGUACUCGUAAAUCAACUUCAACCGACACUUUGAAUAAAUUGUUACAAAGCAAAGCUCACCAGCGUGCUUUAAAUAGCUCAAGAAUCUUUGCCAUCCCACCGAAAAUUAUUAAAGCUCCUCGAGUACGAAAUGACGAUAUAGAUAUGAAUAUCAAAGUCCAUUCCGCCCUUCCUCAAAUAUUAUUGGCUAUACACAUUGUGGCUGAGAAUUCUCUUUUGGAUACAACGAAUAGAUUCGAUAAUCUGACUAGUUUAGCCCCUAUCCUUGGAUGGCUUGGUAGACUUGCUGGUCGUGCAGACUACGUCGGCUGGUGGGAGAGAUGGGCAGGUGAAUAUGCACCAUUGUUGUAUGACAAGGAAGAAUAUUCUCCAAAUGUGAUGGAUGCUUUACCACCACCUCCUAGUAUCUAUGAUGAUCUGCAUUCACGUAUGCAUCACUCAAUAUCAAACUAUCCAAUAAUACCACAAAAUCAAUUACAUGGAACAGCAGCUUUGCAGAAGGUGUUCACAUUACUGGGAGAUAGUAAAUGUGAAGAAGCAGUUGACGAAUUGAUACUGCAUGGUUACAAUAAAGACAAAAUAAGGUGCACGCCAUUGCACCUUUCAGUUAUACUACAAGAGGUAUUGAGAGCCUGUCAAAUUAGGCCAAAAUUGAGAUGGUCUUCUGAAGCUUAUCAGUUGAUUGGAAGAGAAGAUCUUGUAGCAAACGCAGAUGCUAGGGAGAGACAAGGCAGAACUGACGAGGCUAAAACUAUGCUUUCAAUUGAAUCGAUCAAGGAUAUCGUCAGGACUAAAAAGGAAGAAGAUCAGACAAAUUCCACUUCCAAAGGCAAAGUCAUUAGUGGUGUCGAGAUCGAUAAUCUUGAAAUACCACAGUUAAGAUUUUCAGAGGACCAUCGUCUGAGAGAGGUAACGAGAAUAUUGAACAGUAGUGAGCUCACCAAGUUGCGCUUUCUCAAUACUAGUGGAUUACUUGAGCCAGAUUUCCUAAAGGAGCAAGAGAAUGUGACAAAUGCGAUGCCAGAGCGCACACUGAGCUUACCCUUUGGUAGAGGCAUGUUGACUUAUGGCACUAGCGAGAGUGUGCCGGCAGGUCCUCUGAAUAUACCAGAUUUUGACUUCAGGGUGAAGAUGAUCCCUACAAACGCGACAUAUGACUUGGACUCCUCACUUAACCCACCAGAAUUCAAAGACUGGAGUGAAUUUUCAAAUGGUGUGGCAUCAGCCCUCAAACUAGGUGAACAAUUAAACGUCGACGAAAGUUGGAUAAUGUUGAACAAACCAACAAAGAACGUCAUGUCACCAAGGCAUUCCGGUUUGAUGCUUGGAUUAGGCUUAAAUGGUCACCUGAAAAGUAUGUGGUUGGGUCACAUACAAAAGUUCUUAGAACCUAAAAAUGAGUUCAUGACCAUAGGUACAAUGUUAGGUGUCUCAAUCAGCUACGCUGGUGAUCCUCCAGAAAGAUUAGUUGGUGCUUUCUCACUUCAUAUUCCUGCAAUUUUACCAUCACACCAACUUGAGUUCAACUUGUCUGGCCUUACACAGGCCGCUGGUCUAUUCAGUUUGGGUGUUUUACAUCUAGGUACGAGACAGAGACGCCAAGCUGAGAUGUUAUUAGGUGAAAUUGGUGGCAGAGAUGUGCCGACAAAUGACGGUAAAAGCAAUGUUCGUGGUAGUUAUUCACUAUCAGCUGCGCUUGGAUUCGGUUUGGUGAUGCUUGCAAAAGGCAAAGAGGCUACAUCGCCAUCCGAAACGCAAAUGAUAACAAAGUUGAGACAUUAUAUUCAUGGAGAUAAACAUAGAUCAAACGAAACAGAUGUUGAAUAUGAUGCUCUUGAUGUUAAUUUUACAAGCCCAGGCGCAUCAUUAGCAUUAGGCAUGUGGUUUUUGAAAUCUGAAAGGAGUGAUGUUGCACCAUUGAUGGAUCUGCCUUGCAAUCCUACAGAACUUGACUGGAUUAGACCGGACUUCCUGCUUUUCAGAACACUAUCGAAGAACCUCAUCAUGUGGAAUACAAUUGGUCGAGACAGAGAAUGGGUGGAGAGUCAAAUACCCCACUUUAUCCAAAUUGCCCUCGAGAGGAAGAAAGAGAGGUUCGAAUCCGUGGAUGACAAUAUCGAAUUGGCUUACUAUAACAUUGUUGCUGGUGCUUGUCUCGCCCAGGGUCUCAAAUUCGCUGGUACUGCUGAAGACGACACAUUCAAAUGUUUGCUACAUUACAUGGAUAUAUUCACACAGGCAGCAUCUAUAAAAUCCAUCACUUAUGAAGGUAAAGUCAAGCGUGCAGCGAUUAGAUCGGGUUUGAAUACAAUCACAGUUGCAAUAGCAACUGUUAUGGCUGGUACUGGUGAACUGGGAAUCCUGAAGCGUCUUAGAAUUGCUCACGGUCAAUUUGGUCAAGCCAGUGGACGGAAUUUCGGUUCUCAAAUGGCAGUUCAUAUGGCACUCGGUAUGCUUUUCUUGGGAGGUGGUGAAUAUACCCUCACCAACUCAAAUGAAGCUGUCGGAUUCCUCUUGUGCGCACUCUAUCCAAAGUGGCCAAUGUCGAUUAAUGACCAAUCCAAUCAUCCAUUUGCUUACAGGCACCUGUGGGUGAAAGCAGUACAGAAGAGAUGUUUUAUCCCACGUGAUGUCAAAACCAACGAAGCCGUUUAUGUGCCGAUCAAGAUCAAGGCUGUGGAUGAAUUGGACAAGCAACCUAAGAGCAUGAGAAUGAUAGCGCCAACUUUGGUACCGAAAUACUCUCGUCUGCUUAGCCUUAAAAUUGAUUCUCCAAGAUAUUGGCCAUUAGUUAUUGAUUUCAAUGACGAGAAUAGUUUGCGGAAUCUUAAAGCAUCACAAACAUUCUAUGUGAAGAAGAAAGCAGGAUAUCUAAGUUAUGCGUCUGACCCAAAGAAUUUAAAGUCAACAGCUAGUAGGAACAAAAUAGGGUUAGACUUGGUGGCCAUGAUGAAGAUGGACUUAGUACCUAACCAGCGGUUAUUGAGAUCAGAUAACUAUGAAGAAGUUGAAAAUAGCUUAGAGUUCAGUGAUAGCUUAGCUUCACUUGCACGUUUUGCAAGGUCUGGCGGUAAUAACAACCUCAUUGAUGCGAUUUUGCUUGAUGCUUUAACGAAUGACAAGCCAGUAGGAGUUUGGUAUCACUUGUCCCUAAACAGACUAUGUAAUCUCGCCCAAAAGAAUACCUACUCACUAAAGGAGACAAUGGAACUAGUUUUGUCGGCCAGGGAGCUGAAUCACUUGCAAGUGGCGUACAGUGGCGUACUAAAAAACAUCCUUGGAGAUCUCCCACCAUUAUUACAAAGCUCAAUGAUAGUCUAUGCUUUAAAGAUUCUUAACAACGUUAACGUUGAUGAAAAUGUCUUACAUGACGUUCUGGCAGGAAGAACACCUGAAUGGAAAGCUGGUAUUCACCUUUCGGCGUACAACUAUCCCGAUAGAGGUACUAUAAUCACUCUUCUUGAUAAACUCAGCACAUUAGACAGUGAUGAAAAGACACUGAGAUUGAUAGUGCAACUCACGCUUUCACAACUUAGCAAUGUGUCUUCAAGUAAACAGGUCGUUGAUACUAUUUAUAAUGCAUACAAAAGAAAAAUCAUAACGUAAGAAUUCGUAAUACAUAAUUUAAAUUAUUUACUCAAAUGUGUCUCGAUCCUGCUUCUAGUGAAGCUAAACGUUUGGAAAUGAUAUCGAAUUGUUCCUCGAGUGCUUUGAUUUGUAAUUCUUUAUCGAGAGAACUAGUGAGAAUGGCAUCUUCUUUUGUGUUUUUUGAUGACGAAAUUAGAUGCGUGUUUAUGUUUUGGAUACUGUCUUCAAGACUCUUUUUGAGUUUGAGAAGGUUCUCAGUAUCCUUCGAGGCUAUGUAUGCUUUCUCAAGAGCCUGUUCACGCUCUUUCCAUUGGUGUGAUUGUGCAGUGGCACCAUCCUGUGCCAUUACAUAGUUGCGAGCCGCAAAUCUAGCUGCAUUUGUGAGUGGAAC